AUGUGCAACAGGUAUCAGAAAUUAUCCAGAAGAUUGGUGUGUAUCACUCUAAUAUUAUUAUACUGUUUUAUUGGCAUACCCCUAUGGUAUAAACUAACAACAGUGUAUAGAGCACAACUACCCACACAAUAUAUCAAAUCUUUGCAUGAAAAUAAGCAUCAAGAUAUUCAUAUGGUUAUUCCGGUGUAUCUAAAUUUUUCCACCUAUAAAUUUCCAGACUUGGAUAAAGCUGUUCAAGCACAAACGGAUAGUGUCAUUUCGAACAUAGAAAAUGGAUGGGAUGUUAAUUGGUCUUUACAACUACAAAAUGUAAAUCAAAACAACCUCAAUUACACUACUGAUUUUUAUAAGGAUAAGUAUGUUGUACAAUUAAUUUUGGAUGAUUUUGUUGGUUGUAGCGUUCCCUAUGAUGGUAAAGAUACCAUUGUUUUUUACAACGAAGAAAGUAUUUUGUCCAAUGAUCUUCCAUUUUUUAUAGCACAAAGUCUAAUGGAACACACUUUUAAACUGGAAUAUAAUUUACUAAGAAAAGGGGCUCAAAACGGCAAUAAGAAUGGUGACAGCAAUAUUGCCAUUGAAUAUUCUCCUCAAGUCCAUAUUUCCUUGUCUGUGUUAACUGGCAAGGGAUAUCCAGUGUCGUGGGAAAUCGAAGACAUUUUGAACGAGUAUUUUACCCCCUUUAGAAAAUUUAUAUCACCUGUGGUUAAUUUGACGGUAGACACAGAAAUAAUUUAUUACAAUGAUUUGAAUUUAAAUAAAUUACAUAAUUCUAUUGGUAAUUUUACUCAUGAUCCCAUUAUAGAAGAUUUAUCAGCAAUUAUUGAUCUAAGUGAGCUAACAGGGAAAAAUAAUUACUAUGCAAAUGAAAAAUCCGUUUUAAACUUAGCCAUUGUUUUCCCGGAACAUGAUUUGCCACACUCUCUAUUCAAAAAUGGAUCUCCAGUAACCCACGAAAAUGACACAUUUGCUGUUUCUAGUUUUUUAGUUCCACAAUGGGGGUCUUUAAUUAUUAAUGAACACGCAUUGCCUUCGAAUCCAGUAAAAUUGAGCAAAGCUUACUUGAAACCGAUAAUAUACAAAUUUUCUAAUGAGAUAUUCCAAUUAUUGGGACUAAGUGAUUUCAAGGAGUCUUUAUCUACUCCAAUGUUAACAAUUGAUAGUUUUAAAAGAAUUACUACUAUUUAUUCUAACCUAGAUAAAAGUGUAGAUACUUUAAGAUCCCUAGUUGACAUGACUGAAGAAUUGCCUCAAAUGGCUAUUCCUAAGCAAGUGGCUGAUGAUGUUAUGGAGGCUUUAGAUUUAAGGUUGGAAAUUGUGGGUUUUUUAAACAAUCCAAAUGAUGAAACUGAUGAACUGAUUUGGGAUAUUGCAUUGAGGAAAAGUAACGAAUUAGUUGAUAUAUGUGAACAUGCUUUUUUCCACAAAGAUAUGAUGCAGCAAAAUUUUGUUCCACAAGAACAUAAAAUUGCAGUUUAUUUACCUUUAUUGGGACCAAUUUCCGUUGUUUGUUUCGGAGGCUUGAUUAAAUCUUUAAAAGAAAAAAGCCUAUGUGAUGGAAAUGAGGCUGACAGCGAAGAAACCAAAAAAGAGAAAUAG